GCGCCCGGCACCCGCCCGAGCGGCCGCGCGACGCGGGGCCGAGCGCUGGCGCUGCCCGGGCUUUGGCGCCGUGGGUCGCCAGAGGCGCCCGCGGCGGGCCAGCGGCGCAUUCCGCGGGCGUGGUGGCGCUGCUGGGGGCCGCCGCCCCGGUGCUCGGUCCUCGGGCGCAGAGACGUGCACUUCUCGCCUGCGGGAGGAGGUCCGUCGUGCAGAGAGCGGGGCGAGCUGGCGGAGGCGACCGAGAGGCCGAGCUGCUCGGGCUGACACUGCCGGAGCUGAAGGGCCUGUGCCGGGAGCGCUCCCUGAAGCUCGGGGGCACCAAGGCCGAGCUCGUGGGCCGGCUCCUGCGCUGCGAAGGCGGCGAGGACCGCCCGCUCGAGGGCCUGCAUGCGCUGACGCUGCCCGAGCUGAAGGUCCUGUGCCGGGAGCGCUCCCUGAAGCUCGGGGGCACCAAGGCCGAGCUCGUGGGCCGGCUCCUGCGCUGCGAAGGCGGCGAGGACGCGGCGCCGGCGCCGUCGCGGCGGCGCUCCCGGCCCCGCCUGGUGCGCGAGGGCACCAAGGCCGAGGAGCAGGCCGAGGAGGGGGAGGCGGCGGACGCGGCGGCAGAGGAAGAAGCAGAGGCGGAGGUCGAGGUGGUCGGGGACGAGGCGGAGGUGAAGGUCUCCAAGCACUCGUCAGACUACGACGACGACGGAGAUGAGGAGAGCAGCGUCGACAAGUUGCUCAACAUGGUCACAGCAGACAAGGUGUCUGCAGAGGGGCUUCAGGAAGCCUUUCUCGCCUUCACCAAGGAGAUUCCUGCUCCUGGCGAAAUCGUCACAGGAACUGUCGUGUCCUUGGUGGAGUGGGGCGCGUUCAUCGACCUGGAUGAUACCGGCUGGACUGGGCUCGUCCACGUCUCUGAAAUCUCGGACACAUUCAUCUCGAACAUCGAGGAAUGGCUCGUUCCGGGUGACAGGGUGACUGCCAUGGUCAUCAGGGACGAGAAGAGGGACCGCAGGGACCGGCUGUCGCUCUCCAUCCGCCGCGUCGCGAAGAAGCAGAUGAUCACCGACGCGGACGCGAGGCUCCCCGACGGAAGACUGCUUGGUGGACCUUUUCCACAACCUGUGGUCAGGCCAACCUCCGCUGCCGAUGCAUCUGCGUCGGGGCGCGUCUUGCGGAUCAACGACAUGCUGCCGCUCGAGGCCCGCGUCAACGCCAUCGAAAUCGUGCUGAACGAAUUGGGUUACAGCCGGGCCCUGCUCGCAGCCGCGCGCCAGGAGUCCAUGGAGGCCACGCAGGAUCAGCAGCUGGCCGUGCCGCCGGUGGAGUCGCUGCUGGGGAGCAUGAGGGUCGCUCCGGAGGCGGAGAAGGCGAAGACGUCCGCUUCUAAGGAGACGAUUCGGAGAGGCAGGCCAUCGACGCGGUCAUGCGCGACCUCUCGGAGGGGGUUGCCGGUGGAUCGGGCGACCUGGACGAGCUUGACCUCGACGCGGUGCUGA